AGUUUGUUGAACGUGGCAGGAGCACAUUAAAUGAGCAGCAUGAGAGAAAACAGCUGAUUUAAGUAAGAUAAGAUAAUCGUAUCAACAAAAUAAAGUUAGUUUUAUUUAUAAUAAUGUGGAAGAAAACGACUGGCUUAACGGGGCUCGCGGUUUCUGCAAACCCAAGGCAUACGCUUUUAACGUUGUACGGUAAAAUACUCCGGGUCUUGGCGAAGAUGCCCGACGAUGCUGCUUACAGGAAGUACACCGAGGAACUAAUCUCACACAGAAUGUCGAUCGUAACCAAAGCGGAAGAUCCGUGCGAGAUUGAGGAGAAAAUCGGUUGCGGUCAAGUUGAAGAGAUCAUCGUGCAGGCAGAAAACGAACUCAAGCUCGCUAGAAAUUUCCUGGGCUGGAAAGCCUGGGAGCCGCUUGCAAGCCAGCCACCUCCGAGGCAAUGGACCUGGCCUCCAUACAAAUAAUUCGUAAUUUCUCUGAGAUAGUAAAAUAUAAUUUACUUAUUAGUUUU